AUGGCACGCCUAAGCUACCUCCUUCUGGCCUCGACCUCCCUCCUGCUGAAUAACGUAGCCUCCACCAGCGCCCUAUCCUCCGUACUCGACCUAACUCCAGAUAAUUUCGAAAAAGUUGCCCUCAAAUCAGGCAAACCGGGUCUAGUCGAAUUCUUCGCCCCUUGGUGCGGGCACUGCAAAAAUCUGGCCCCAAUCUACGAGGAGCUGGCGGCAGACUUCUCCUUCGCUAGCGACAAGCUACAUAUUAGCAAAGUCGAUGCGGAUGAACAUAGGGAACUAGGCAAGAAGUUUGGCGUCCAGGGCUUCCCAACACUGAAGUGGUUUGAUGGGAAGAGUGACAAGCCCGAGGAGUAUAAUGGCGCGCGGGACUUAGAGAGCCUGUCCAAGUUCGUGACGGAGAAGACGGGAGUUAGGCCAAAGGGUGCGCUGAAGGUGGCCAGCAAUGUCCUGAUGUUGACUGAUGCGACAUUUUCCAAAGUCAUUGGAGGGGAGAACGACGUUUUAGUCGCAUUUACGGCGCCGUGGUGUGGGCAUUGCAAGGCGCUGGCUCCAAUCUGGGAGAAGCUCGCGAACGAUUUUCAACUCGAGCCCCACGUCACAAUCGCCAAAGUUGACGCUGAUGCUGAAAACUCCAGGAGAACUGCUGAAUUGUUCGAUAUCAGAUCAUACCCAACUAUUAAAUUCUUCCCCCGUGGCUCCAAUGAUCCAGUAGACUACGCUGGCGGCCGCUCCGAAGAAGAUUUCGUUGUAUACCUGAACGAGAAGUCCGGAACUCAUCGUGUUGUUGGCGGCGGGCUGGAUCGGGAAGCUGGCACAAUUGAAAUCCUGGAUGACAUCGUUGCCAAAUACGUUACUGGUAGCGAGAAGAGCAUUUCCAGGCUCAUGCGUGAAGUUAAGGCCGCGUCGAAGGAAUUGGAGGGACGAUAUGCGCCGUACUACUUCAAGGUGUUAGGGAAGUUGAUUGAGAAUAAAGGAUAUGUGGCGAAGGAGUUGUCAAGGUUAGAGAGGAUUGUGACCAAGGGCGGCCUGGCACCGGAGAAGCUGGAUGAUUUGGUGUCGAGGAGUAAUAUUCUGCGGAGGUUUACUAAGGAAAAGGAGGAGCCAAAGGCGAAAGAUGAGCUGUGA